UGAAUUAGUUUGUAGAACGGCCGCAGAACGGUUUGCUGAACAGUUAACGCAGCGUGGUGAAAAGAAGGGGAGAAGGCUUACCCCAAGCUCCGGGGAGCAGACCAUGAAGUGGCGGCGGGCGUUGGGUAACCGGAAUUAGGCUAUGUCGUGAAUUGUCCUUUUUUUGGUCCUUCCUCCAAAUACGAGGAUGCCACUUUUUGGAAAAAUUGUUGUUAUUAAAAGGAACGGGACUGAUGGAACUCAUUUUCCACUGACUGUAAAUUCUUGUACAUUUGGAAGGAAAAAUGAGUGUGACAUUCGGAUCCAGUUACCUCAAGUUUCCAAAGAACACUGUAAAAUUGAAGUCAAUGAGAAUAAGGAGGCAAUAUUGACCAACUUAAGUACUGUGAAUCCAACACAACUGAAUGGGUGUAACUUUCAACAGCCUGUAUACUUAAAACAUGGGGAUGUACUGACCAUCAUUGAUCGUUCUUUCAGGUUUGAAUAUCCACCUGGACCACUUACAAAGAAAAAGAUUGCCAGAUCUGAAGAAAAGGAAACUUUGCAGGUACUUCAUGUUCAGCAGGUGGAACAAGAGGAGCUGCACCCUCAGAAUUCAGAAUAUGGAAAACUUGAGUGGGACGAUCAGAAGACCAAUGGAAGUCAUGAGCAGAAAACUCAAGAUGAUACUACUAGCCAAAAUUGUACAAAUGAGUCUACAUGUAAAAUUCGCAGAUCAGGAAGAAAACCAGUCCAGAUAUUACCUGAAAAACGUAAAAGUGGAGAACUGGGCUUAUCCACUCACACUCUUGGAAGAAGGAAGAGAGUGUCCUUUGGUGGUCAUCUGAGUCCUGAACUAUUCGAUAAGCGUUUACCACCAAACUCACCACUCAAAAGAGGUGCAAUUCCAGCAAGAUUUAGUUUGCCAUUUGGAAACUCACCUCGAGCAGUUUUGAAAAGUGCUUCAGGGUUUAAACAAUGUGUAAUCAAGGGUUUCUCUGGAAAAGAUCAGGAAAAUGCAUUGUUGAGGUCCCCGGCAGCCUCUGCCCCGGCCCGCAGGUCCCCGGCGGCCUCUCCCCCGGCCCGCAGGUCCCCGGCGGCCUCUCCUUGUAACUUUCCACAUGUGAGAGGACGGUUCUCUGUUUCGCGUAUUGAUGACCCAUCUCUUAGUUCAGUACAACAGAAGGUUCUUGAAAGAGAAAUGGAUGUUGAUAAAGAAAUAAAAACACCUGAACCUUCUAACCAAGAAUCCAAAACUGUUCUGUCCAUAAGAAGAAGCAACAAGUCUGCUCCAAAGAGAAUGUCUUUGCAUAGGCGGAGUGGUGCUAUGGAUGCUAUUUGGGCUAAAAGACUACGUGGAGCUUCUGAAGCCAAUUUGAUAGUUUUGAAGUCUUGGGCUGAAAUAGUGAAACAGGGUGUUCCAAAAUUGCAACAAAGGACUACUUCUAAAUGUGACCUUAAAAGAAGACCAGCCAAGAAAAAACCUAUAAAAGCACUAAAGAGCAAUGCUCCUAUAAAAACACCAACCAAAAAAGUCAAGGGUUACUUUACUACAGGCCAUGCAAAUUCUCCUGCUCCAAUUGUUGUUGGAAAAGCACAUACCAGCAAAGUAAAGAUUACUGCUCAGGUCCCUAAAGUGAUGUUCAACUAUGUUUUGAAGCAAGAGCAAGACACAAAUGAAAGUUUUACAGGGAUGACUGAAAUGUUCCACACUCCACUGAACUGGAAAAAAGGAAGCUCUUUGUCUUCUGUGCAAAAUUCUAAUAUGUCAGCAUCAGAAGAAGCCUCAGAAAUUUGCACUCCAGAGGAAUCUGGGGAGAUGACAGUGUCGCCUUUAAAUCCAUCGAUCCAGCAGAUAUAUGACACUGAUGAUAUUGAAUCCACCGUCCUUAGAGUUAUGAGAACCCCCAAGCAAAAGCCAGAGCCGAUGGAGGCACAUUCAGGAGUCAAGAGACUGCUCAGGACCCCCAAGCAACAGCCAGAGCCGAUGGAGGCGCUUUCAGGAAUCGAACUGCUCAAGACCCCCAAUCAACAGCCAGAGCCGAUGGAGGCGCUUUCAGGAAUCGAACUGCUCAAGACCCCCAAUCAACAGCCAGAGCCGAUGGAGGUGCUUUCAGGAAUCGAACUGCGCAAGACCCCCAAGCAAACGCCAGAACCAGUUGAGGCGCUUUCAGGAGUCAAGAGACUCCUCAAGACGCCUAGCAAAGCUGAGUCUGUCAAGGAUGACAUUUGCUCUAAAGCUUUGAAUAUUCAAAGACAGUUGAGGACACCUAAGCGAAAAUUUGAACCAGUGGAAGAAUCAGGAAUCAGGGAACUUCUGAGGGCCCCCAAGCAAAAGCCAGAGCUGGUUGAGGCGCUUUCAGGAGUCAAGAGACUGCUCAAAACCCCCAAGCAAAAGCCAGAGCCAGUUGAGGCACUUUCAGGAGUCAAGAGACUGCUCAGGACCCCCAAGCAAAAGCCAGAGCCGGUUGAGGCGCUUUCAGGAGUCAAGAGACUGUUCAGGACCCCCAAGCAAAAGCCAGAGCCAGUUGAGGCGCUUUCAGGAAUCGAACUGCUCAAGACCCCCAAUCAAAAGCCGGAACCAGUUGAGGCACUUUCAGGAAUCAGGGAACUUCUGAGGGUCCCCAAGCAAAAGCCAGAGCUGGUUGAGGCGCUUUCAGGAGUCAAGAGACUGCUCAGGACCCCCAAGCAAAAGCCAGAACCAGUCGAGUCACUUUCAGGGGUCAAGGAACUGUUUAAAACCCCCAAGCAAAAGCCAGAACCAGUUGAGGUACUUUCAGGGGUCAAGGAACUGUUUAAGACCCCCAAGCAACAGCCAGAGCCAGUCGAGUCACUUUCAGGAGUCAAGGAACUGUUUAAGACCCCCAAUCAAAAGCCAGAGCCGGUUGAGGCGCUUUCAGGGGUCAAGAGACUCCUCAAGACGCCUAGCAAAGCUGAGUCUGUCAAGGAUGACAUUUGCUCUAAAGCUUUGAAUAUUCAAAGACAGUUGAGGACACCCAAGCGAAAAUUUGAACCAGUGGAAGAUAUGAUUGGUAUUUCCAGAAUACUGAAGACACCAAGGCAAAAGUUUAUGCCCGUUGAUGAUUAUUUUGGAUUGCAAAAACUUAUGGCUGAACCUAAGCCAAAUUCUCUCAGUGCUGAAAUAGACUACACAGGUGUUCAAGAACUAUUUGGCUAUGGAGAUGGGGUCAGAGUGUCAGAAACUGUGAAUGACCCACUUGAGAAUUCCAGUAGUGAUUUUGGCUGCAAAGGUGUUCCUGAAGGAAAGGAAUCUCAGCAGGAAAUGGAACUGGAAGAUUCAUUUGAAAGAAAAUCUCCAAAUGCAAUGCCAAGGAUGCCUGAUGAUGAUGGUUGUGGCGAAUUACAAGAUUACUUUAGACAUGCUUCAUGUAGCUCACUUAAUGAUAUAACAAGAGCGCAUGUAGAAACUAUCGAGACAGUCCAGUUCGUUCCAGAAAAGAACAAGUCAGAAGGAAUGAAUUCCCAAAGGGGAACUAUUAUUGAUCCUAUCGAAGAAUCAUCUGCAAGGAAGGAAGAUCCCGUGGAAAUGAAUGCAGAAAUACCUAAAUCAUUGGCUUCAACUAAAAAACCUAGAAAAAAGAAAGUUGGUGAAUCUAGUUACACAGAAGAACAUGAUACAACUAAGACAGUGAGGCAGACAAGAAACAGCAGUAGAGCCAAAUUAACUAUCUGUAAGCAAACAAAUGAAAACUUUGAUCAGAACACUUCUGAGACAAGUCUAGCAAAAGAAUCUGAAAGCACCCCCCUUGCACAUAAAACUGAGACAUCAGAAAGUUUCAGAGAAAAAUCUAGAAAACAUUCCAUUGAAACUAGUAGAAGUAUGGACUUGGAUAACAUAAAAGAUACCCAGGAAUUAUUGGGACUUUCAAAGGAAAUGUCAAUCAAAACAGAUCUAUCUGUUAACAGGCGAAGAGUAGCAGCUAAACGAAAUAGAGAAGCUGAAGAAAGUUUGCAUUUAAAAGAAAAUGCAGCAAAGCAGUUUAUCUCAAAAACAUCUCUAAUAUCUAGAAAUCAGAAAAGUAAAGAUGAACCAAAGUCUGACUUUCCAAAAACAAAUUCCCAAGAAAAGAUGCAAAGUCCAAAUCUUGAAACUUCAACGAAAAAUUCUGAAAAUCAGAUACUUAAAAGAAAUACAAGAAAGGCUACCCAAAUAGAAACAGAAAUGGAAGCAGCUGAUGGUGAGAAACACACAUCACCUAAAAUGUGUAAAAUGGAAACUAUGGAAAAUCAUCCAACAGAAGUGAAGGAAGGUGCAGCAAGGAGAAGAAAGAAGGGAAAGGUUCGUUUCCUGCUUGAGAAUGAAACCCUUGAAGAAAAAUGUAUGUUUGAAGGCAUGGGUGUUACUCAAGAACAAUACAAUGCAAGUUUUGAAAGAAUCACUACCCCUGUUCAAGGGAGUGCACAAAAAAACAAAAGGAAAGGAGCUUCUGUUGUAUCACCAUCACUUUGCAUCUCGUUUUCUUCAGAGAAGCAUGCAUUAGGAGAGGGCUCUAAAGGCCAGGGAGAAAACUUUACUCUGACAAAUGAAGACCAAGCCAGUUUUGCUCAAGGAGAGUGCUCACAAGAAAUUAAUUGCGAUGAGAAUGCAAAUGAAACCCAAAUGGUACCCUGCAGAAAUAUGCAAAUAUCUGUUGAGCAGAAUGCACCAAAAAGACAAAAGGUAGCAAUGAAAAAGAACUCACCUAGAAGAUGUAGACACAGAGCAGUUUCUCAUAAGCCAUCCCCUGAAAAUGGUAAUAAAGUGACUCCUGAAACUGAAAAACUAUCUGCAGGUGUUAAAAAUGCCGUUCCUUCACAAGAGAAUCUAUCAAAAAGGGGUAGAGGGAGAAGGUUUGCCCCUGUAUCCGAAACACUGGGAACACUAAAUGUGCCUAAAGAAGACCCAUCAACUGGCAUCUCUGGUUUUCCUCAAGGAGAUUUGAAAGAUACUCAAAAUGAAAAGAAUUCUAAUGAAGUCCGGAAAGUGUGCUUGGACAAUAAGGCUACUGCAGAACACAUUCCAACAAAGAGACAAAGGGUUACAAGAGGAAAUCCCCUACCUCGGAAUGGCAGAAGCAGAAAAGAUAAUUCUCAUCAACCAGCUACAGAAAAUGAUAACGAAGAGCAUACUGAUGUUGAAAAUCAGUGUAAGGCUGUUGAAAAUGAUUUUACUGCAGAAGAGAAUAAAUCAAAAAGGGGUAGAAGAAGAAAAGUUGCACCUGUAUCUCAAACACUUACUGUUCCUGAAGAGGGCCCAUUAUCUAGCAGCUCUGGAGAUUUGCAAGAUACUCAAACUGAAAAGAAUUCUAAUGAAGUCCAGAAAGUAUGCUUGGACAAUAAGGUGACUGCAGAACGCAUUCUAACAAAGAGACAAAGGGUAACAAGAGGAAAUCCCCUGCCCCAGAAUGGCAGAAGCAGAAAAGAUGUUUCUCAUGAACCAGCCACAGAAGAUGAUAAUAAAGAGCAUCCUGAUGUUGAAAAUCAGUGUAUGGUUGUUGAAAAUGCUUUUACUGCAAAAGAGAAUCAACCAAGAAGGGGUAGAAGAAGAAAGAUUGCCCCUGUAUCCCAAACACUUACUAUUCCUGAAGAGGAUCCAUCAACUGGCAGCUCUGGUUUCCCCCAAGGAGAUUUGCAAGUUCAGACAGUAUGUUUAGACAAUACCCAGGCUGCUGCAGAACACAUUUUAACAAAGAGACAAAAGGUAGCAAGAGGGAAUCGCUUGCCUCAGAACAGUAGAAAUAGGCAAGGCAUUUCUCAUGAACCAGCCACAGAAAAUGAUAAUAAAGAGCAUCCUGAUAUUGAAAACCAAGAUACGGUUGUUGAAAAUGCUUUUACUGCAGAAAAGAACCAACCAAAAAGGGGUAGGAGGAGAAAGGUUGUCCCUGUGUCCGAAACACUUGAAACGCUUACUGUUCCCAAAGAGAGCCCAUUAACUGGCAGUUCUUCUUUUACCCAAGAUGAUUUGCGAGAUACUCAAAAUGAAAAGAAUGUUAGUGAAGUCCAGAAAGUAUGCUUGGACAAUAUUCAGGCUACCUCAGAACACAUUCUAACGAAGAGGCAAAGGGGAACAAAGGGGAAUCUGCCUCAGAAUGGCAGAAAUAAGCAAGAUGUUUCUUGUGAGCCAACCACUGAAAAUGAUAAUAAAAAGCCUCUUAAUGUUGAAAACGAAAAUACCGUUGUUGAAAAUGCUGCUUCUGCAGAGGAGAACCAACCAAAAAGGGGUAGGAGGAGAAAGGUUGCCCCUGUAUCCCAAACACUUGAAACACAAGUUCCUAAAGAGGGCCCAUUAACUGGCAGUUCUGCUUUUACCCAAGGAGAUUUGCGAGAUAUUCAAAAUGAAAAGAAUGUCAGUGAAGUCCAGAAAGUAUGCUUGGAUAAUAUUCAGGCUACCUCAGAACAUAUUCUAACAAAGAGACAAAGGGGAACAAAAGGGAAUCUGCUUCAGAAUGGCAGAAAUAAGCAAGAUGUUUCUUGUGAGCCAGCCACUGAAAAUGGUAAUGAAAAGCCUCUUAAUGUUGAAAAUGAAAAUAUGGUUGUUGAAAAUGCUUCUACUGCAGAGGAGAACCAACCAAAAGGGGGUAGGAGGAGAAAGGUUGCCCCUGUAAAACAAACACAGGAAAACCUUACAAUUUCUGAAGAUGACACAUCAACUGGUAGGUCCAGUUCUGCUCAAGAAAUGUGUUCAGAAGAUACUCAGAAUGAAGAAAAUUCUUAUGAAACCCAGAAGGUAGCCUUGGACAGUAUUAAGUCUUUUGUAGAACACAUUCUACCACAAAGACAAAAGGUGGCAAGAAGGUAUUUGCCACAGAGGAGCAGAAAUAAGCAAGUAGUUUCUCAUGAAUCACCCACGGAAAAUGAUAAUAAAGACAUACCUGAUAUUGAAAAUCAAGAUACGAUUGUCAAAAAUGGUUUUACUGUAAAAGAGAAUCAGCCAAAAAGGGGUAGAGGGAGAAAAGUUGGGACUGUAUCCCAAAUACUCGAAAGUAACAGUUUCCCAUUAUCAAGCAAAGACAAAAGUGCAGCAGCAGAGCAAGAAGAAGCUUUAGAAAUAGCAACUACAGCAAAUAAGAAUCGGUCCUGUAGGGGCAGAAGCAGAAAAACGCUUAUAACAAGCCCAGUUCCUGCCAGUAAAAGACUGGUCAGUAAUGUUAACAAAGAAGAAAUGGCCAGUGUUUUGAAAGAUUUGACAAAAGAAAAUGUAUCCAAAAGAGGGGAAAGGAAACCUACUUCUGAAGCUUCAGGAGAAACAAAUACCAAACAAAGAGCUACUGGUAGCAAGCCAUUACCUGUAAAAGGCGAAAAGAUGCCUGCAAAUGCUAUCUUUGAAAGCCAGUCAAAGAAGAGUCAAAGGAAAAAUAUAGUUUUGGCAUUCCCAGCGCCUUGCUCUCCUGCCAUCAAGAUCACUUUGCCUUCAUCACCAUUGAACAAAAAUGAAACUGUAAUUGAAAAUCCAAACUUAUUUAUUGAAAAUGAUCUAACUGGAAAAGAGAAUUUAGCAAUAAAUAGCAUAAAAAAUAAAGUAGUGUCUUGUUCCAUAUCUGUCAAAAGAAAGCAUCAGGAGAAACAAAGUGUAAAUAAGGAAGAGAUAGUAUCAAAUGAUAAACGGAGCAGAAGAGCACAGAGAAAAGUUGGUGCCUAUGAAAAUGAUGAUAAUCCUAAGGAUCAGCAAGUGAUUAUGACAAGUACUAUGGAACAUGACCCACAGGAUAGAAAGAGAAUUCUUAGAGGGAAGAACUUGCCAAAACACAAUGACCAAACGAACAAUCUGGAAAUCACACUUCCCCAGGGAAAAGAAAACGCAUCUAAACGGGGAAGACAGAAACAGGUCCACACUGAACCAGAAAUGUAUGGCACUAUUUCUGGCACGAAGAAAUGCUUUGCAGAAACCAUAAUAACAGCGCCUGAAGCAGAGAAUACUGGAAAUGCAUUACAGAGAGGAAGAAGAAAGAAAAUAUAAAAAGAACAUGUCUCAGAUACUGCCUGGUAUCCUGUAUAAAGCCAACCCAAGAUGAAAGCAACCAGAAUAAUCUUUGUAAUCUCUGAUAGUGAGCUAUGCAAUAUUUCUUCAGAGUAAAUGGGUUUGCUUCAAUAUUUUUUUAAUGCAGGGUUGUAAAGUAUAUUCUGGAUUUAUUUUCAAUAUCUUCUAUUUUAUGUAACUCACUUCUCGGCCAAUUGUUGAUAUUGAAAGUCAUGCAAAGUUAUGUAAAUUAAUUUUUUAACAUUUUGUAGAAAUUAAGCAGUAGAGAUAAAUAAAUUCACAUUGUCUUAAAA